AUGGUGACUCCCAAUAUUUGCCAUCGGUCGGUCUCAACGGGUCUCACUAUUGUAUCAGUUGCGGUAGCAGACUUGACGAAGGCAUCCUGUGGUUCAACUUCAAUGAAGCGUUUAACUUGUUACUCAUGUCCGUCAGUACAUCCCGAAGUGAUGAAAGUUUUGCAUCUUGCAAAAAUUGAUGGUUCACUAGACACUUUCUUUCCAAUGAAAGAGGGUUCACGUGUGGGGUGGGAUCGGGGGCUGUGGAGUGAAACUUGGAGCUUUGAUGCGUGCGGGAUCGACCGUUUGUUGAGUAUCUGGACCAAGGACAAGUGUUUCCUUCGGGACGAAUGGCGACUUGAUUCUUUUUAUUGCUGCUGUGGGAGAGUGGGGGCGGUUGAUCUGGAGGGUUAUUUUGAGAAAACUUGCUCACCAAUAGCAAGUUCUCAAAAUAACCAUCCACCACAACCGCCCCUAUUCUCCGAUAGAUGCAUUAAAAAGAAUGAAAUCGUCAUUCGUCCUUUCGAGAAAGCACUUGUCCUUGGCCCAGAUACUCAACUCAACGGACGAUCGACCCCAAACGCAUCAAAGUUCUAA